UUGUUUGUUUGUUUGUUUGUUUUUGUGGAGCAAAAGUGGCCAUUGGCGUUCAUAGGCAGUCUCUUAGCCAUAAAAUUGAUUCUUCACUAGGGUGUGACUCAGAUGUGUAGAAACACAGUGUUGCUGAAAGGUUCAGAAAGUCUCACUGGGCUGUGAAGGCUCCUCUCCUUCUCUGCACUUGAGACACUCUCAGCCCUUUCUACACGUUGGCAGUAUGCUUCAGCAUCUGGAGGAAGCAGGAGAAAGGUGCUGGAGGGCAAGCGUGCUACUUGUUUUUUUAAAACUCUCAUUUGCCAGAGCCUGUCCUCUUAAGUGCCUGGCUUCGCUUUUCUCUCGUGCAGACUUAGAGAAGGCAAGGUUUAAAGUAGUGAAUGCAAAGCCCAGUUGUGUCUUUCUUCCUCUCAUGUUGAGGCAGUUAGGGAAAGGGCCAGUUGUAGGGUAAGCCAGUGUGUUUUAAGUACAAAAUACUCGCAAUUCUUUUUGUUCUCUUCUUGUAUUAAUGUGAAAUCUGAAAGUAAGCAAAUUUUCUGUGUUGGGCUAAAUGAGCAGUUUCUAUUAUUUGUUCAGCUAAGGUGGAUCAGCUGAAGUGGAAAUCAGUCCACACUUUAAUGUUAAUGGAAUCAGCAUUAAAAGAUGGAGACAAUUUACAACUAAGAACAGUUAAUCUUCCGAAGCUCUCCCAUAUAGAGAAUAGUGCCAUCCAAAAUCCGUUAACUAGGCCUUAGUCUUUAAACUCUGGAUGUGGGCUCUGAAUGAUCUCAACCGAGUAGGACACUUGGCACAUCCGGGCUAGCAGGUGCUUCUUUGAACCUGCCAGUGAGGCUUGUAUUGUACUUACAUUUUCUCAUGAGCCACGGAGAGUGUGGAAGCAGUCCCCCAUGCAUAGAAUGGCAGAAAAUUGCUACUCUCCCCAUGUUUUUUCUCCUAAUCACCUGCAGAGGAUGGGGUUAACUGCUUGGCCUAACCAUCGUCGCUCUGUUUUUGCAGCAAACUUUCUGGGACUGCUCUGGAGAAGUUGUGUGCUUUGCUGCCCGGUGUUGGGAUCCUGGGCUUCUUUGUGAUCCUAGCUUGCCUGAGUUGUACUUGUAUCCUCGGCCAUCCAGAUUUCUCCUCCGUAUACACUUAAAACAUUAAAUAUUUUCCUCAUUUGCGUAUUUUCACACCCAGUUUUGUUUUUCCUCCUUUGCUGGAUGCUCUCGUUGGAAGCAAUAGCUAAAUUUUUCUGAGAAGUAAUCAAAUCAUUCAAAAGUAUUUGAAUUACUCUCUUAGCCAAAAAUAAAGAUUAUUUUGGGAGAGAGGUUUUAUGUUGUCAAUUUUUAUAUUACCUGGUUUAGUGCUCAAAUCUAAGACUUAAGCUGGGCAAUUUUUUAUCAGUAAAUGUAAAGCAUUUUAGAGAAUGUAAGACAUGCUAGAGUUGUUCGAUUUGGUGUUGCAAUGGAAUCAUGAGCUCUCUGAGAUUUGGCUGGGCCGGUGGGAAGUUGGGAAGGCUUGCCCACUGUGAGUGUCGGGGAUCAAAGAAGAUGAGGACAGAUAACACUUCAAGUGAGAAUUUGAUCAUGGCGUUUUCUCUGGGCUGUGAGUCCUCCGCUGUCAUCACUCCCAACGAGUAAGUCUCUUUGAGUUGUUUGCAAACGUCUGUCCUCACUUCUAGUCCCUGUCUCUCUCUUCCCUCCAAACACUUCUACUUGUUGUCCUCUGUUUGCAGUGAAGCUCGUAGCAGUUGCUGCAAACGAACCCUCCAGAUUUCACCUUUUCUUUGAAGGAGUAUGCACCUAGAUUUUUUCAGUUUCCCAGCAUAUUUAGCCACUUACAAGCCUUACAUUUACCCCUGUCAUUCCAUUUCUCAUGGCCAUCUCCUGACUCCAGAAACAAAGUCAGUGGUUCCUUUUGCUGGGGUGACUAUACGUCUCCAUUUCCCUGCAGCGGACCAGUCUGUGCCUGUUCGAGAUCAGUUCCACUUGUUAAUUAGUUUUAGUACCCCAUUUGCUUUCACAAGUGUCUCUUUUUGGACCAUAAAUGUUGUGUUGACCUUGUAUUACCCCAUGGGAAGUUCGGACUUUGAAUUCAGCCAGCAUUAAGCACUCUUGUGGUAAACUGCUAUAUCUUCAUUUACAUUAUCUUACACUCUCAUUUCUGCUUGUGUGAGUCUCACUUUCUGCAAAGAGUAACUGUCCUUCCUCCAACUCUCAGCAUUUGCGGCCUUACGCUAGUUUGUGGAUAUGGCCUCAAGUUCCCCCAUCAAAUGGCAAGCCCCUCCUAUGCAGGGGCCCUGCUUUAUAGGCACCAUACUCUGUUGUCCCAGCAUGUACUACAUGUUCUAUAUAAUCAUGCAGUAGAACCAGAAGCAGUAACUUAGGGUGGCAUUUUUUUUUUAAGAUUUUACUUAUUUGAGAGAGAAAGAGAGCACGAGCACGGGGAGAGGCAGGGGGAGAAGCAGACUCCCCGCCAAGCAGGGAGGCCCACACAGGGCUCGAUCCCAGGACCCUGAGAUCAUGACCUGAGCCGAAGGCAGACGCUUAACGACUGAGCCUCCCAGGCACCCCAGUAACUUAGGGUAGCAUAAUUGUUGAGCUGUUAUUCUGGGGCAGAACAAAUGAAUCAUUCAAGUGAUUUGCACUUUCCAGUUAUUUAGUAAGUACAUUAUCUUGGUCUUUCCAAAUUUGAAUUUGAAAACUUUCUCUCCCUGUGGUUCCAUUUAAACAGUGUGUUCCCUUUCUAGAAUUUUUUGUGUUAAUCCUGUCUUCUUCCUUUUUAUCUGUGUCCUCGGACUCUUCCUGCCUUCUCUUUUUCAGUGGGAGAAGUAUUGGUGUUUGUCACUUUUCUUGGGGAGUCCCAGGUUUCUCAGAGAACCUAGGCUUAAAAUAAAGGCUCUUUAGGGCGCCUGGGUGGCUUAGUUGGUUAAGCGUCCAACUCUUGAUUGCGGCUCAGGUCAUGAUCUCAGCGUCGUGGGAUCGAGCCCUGCAUUGGACUCAGCAGAGAGUCUGCUGGAGAUUCUCUCUCUCUCCCUUCCCCCAACUCGCUCACUCUCUGUCUUUAUCUCACUCUCAAAUAAGUAAAUAAAUAUUAAAAAAAAAAAAAGAAGAAGAAGAAGAAGAAGAAGAAAGGCUCUGUGAUCCUUAAGUGAAUUUCUUGGUCAUUUGCUUUCGUGUGUUACCAAGUCCAUACGGCCACUAAGAACAAUGUGUGAGGCCUAUCUCAGCAUCUGAGGGCACCCUUCUUAGAACAUUUAUCAUUCUGUUGAGCUUCCCGAAUGAUCCAGCUGAUUCUGGCUGACUAAAUAGAUUGUCUACCUUCCUCAAGAUGCUCCUUCAGUCGGACGGCCUAUCCAGACUGUUUUCUGGCAAGGUAGAUCUUUGUUACUCUUCUCCCUUACUAGAACUGUAAGUAAUACCAGCUAGACUUUUAGAAAUAAACAACAAAUAUGACCCUUUGCACACAAGUGUUGGGGAGUCUGGGUGUAGAAGGAAUUCUGUGUAACCAAGAAAUGUUAAUUAAAGACUAGAAUAUGCGGGAGUUACCAAAAAAAAAAAAAAGGACUUUGCAUUCUAAGUGUUCUGUAGCAUUCUAGGCCCUCAGGACUUUUUCCAGCCUCAGCUCUCUGCAGAACCCACAUUCUUGUCCCCUUGACAUUGGUCUCACUGAACAGACAUCUAGUUUUCACUUAUGCUGCUUGCUGUGCCUGGAGUGCCUGCUCCCUCUGUACCUGCUAGAAGCUUUCUCAUUCCGCAGACACGUAUUGAGCAUCUGUUCGGUGCCAGAUUUGGGACUAGCCACUGGGGUAUAAAGAUGAGUAAGGCAUGGAACUGCUAAGAACUCAGUGCCUUAACCGGGGCAACAUGUAAACAGGCUUUUUUUUCCCACAUAGGGUCCUAAGUGGAGUGAUAGAUGCACAGGGAGCUUAAAAGAGGAGUGUUUUUAUUCUCAGCCACGCUCUCGAGUGUGUAGCACUUCCCGCGCAGUGCUGUUGGGACUUUGCUCGUGACUCUUUAACGGCGCCCCCAGGGUGGUCUCUCUGCUGUGGGUCCCCUACCCCAACCAGCUCCUUGAAGGCGUUAAGACAAGGCCAGCCUCUGGCUCAUCCUUGUAUAUCCUCUAGUCCCUAUCACAGUGCUUGUUGGCCCAUUUUAGAUUUAUUUAUUUUUAUUUUUAUUUUUAUUUUUUUAAAGAUUUUAUUUUUAUUUGAGAGAGAGAGAAUGAGAGACAGCACGAGAGGGAAGAGGGCAGAGGGAGAAGCAGACCCCCUGCUGAGCAGGGAGCCCGACGCGGGACUCGAUCCCGGGACUCCAGGAUCAUGACCUGAGCCGAAGGCAGUCGCUCAACCAACUGAGCCACCCAGGCGCCCCCCCAUUUUAGAUUUAUUAAUAAAUUGUUCCAAAAAUGAUUUGGAGCGGCUCAUAAAGAUACAUCUAGUACUCUGUGGUAAGAUAUAAAAUAAUUGAAGAAUCUAGGGUUGAAAUAAGUGUGGAAGGAAAUAAAGGAUGAAGUCAGAGGUGAGGUUAGUGCCCUCAAGACAAAAAGUUCUCCUGUCUGCUGGAGAUCCAUAGUGUUGAUUCUCAACUCCUUAGGGGCUAAUGUAAAGAGGGAAACAAUCAUUUCUAUGCCUUAUGGAAUGGGCAUAAAAUGGAAUUAACAACAACAACAACAAAAACCUUAUAAUACCCAAGGACCAAGAAAUUUCUCUCCUGGGACCUCAUUGCAAGGGCAUGGUGUGAUGUCCUGCAGUAAUCUCUAUAUUAAGUAGCCUAAUGAUUUUCAUAGAAUUAUUUCAGAGAAUGUUCCUUUAGUGUAGGUAUAGUUUGGCAGCUUCUGCAGAGAGCCACCCCACAAAACACCAGCUACCCAUCUAAUCAGCCAGGAACCUCCAGACACCUUUCCUGUAGAACAGUGUUCUUUUCUUUUCUUUUUUUUUUUUUGAGAUUUUUUUUUAUUUAUUCAUGAGCGAGAGAAAGCACAUGGGGAGGGUCGGAGAGAGCAGAAGAAGCAGACUCCUGGCUGAGUAGGGAGCCCGAUGCGGAGCUCGAUCACAGGACCCCAGGAUCAUGACCUGAGCCGAAGGCAGAUGCUUAACCAACUGAGCCACCCAGGUACCCCCAGAACAAUGUUCCUUAAUCUUUCAAAACUCAUUGCCUCUUCUAAGAACCCUAAAAAUCUCAUACCUCUCCUCCAUUCUCACAAACUCUCGCUCAGGUCUGUUGUAUCCAACCUCCAUCCUCACCAGCCAAGAAUAUUUUAUCUUACUUUUUUCUCAAGUUUGUAUUAUAAAAACAAGUUAUUUCUUAUAUACGGUUAGAUUAUUAUAUUAUAUAUAUUUUUUUAAUGUUUUAUUUAUUUAUUCAUGAGAGUCAGAGAGAGAGAGAGGCAGAGAGAGAAGCAGGCUCCCCACCUAGCAGGGAGCCCGAUGCGGGACUCGAUCCCAGGACCCUGGGAUCAUGACCUGAGCCGAAGGCAGAUGCUUAACCAUCUGAGCCACCCAGGCGCCCCUAAAUUAUUAUAUUAAAUAUGACUUUCAAACUAUAAAUCCCUAUUCUACCAAUCUUGGGAGUUUCUGGAAUUGUACCUCCUCUUGGUUAAGAAUCCUUUCUCUAGAACCCUUGCUUUAACUGGCCAGUUUAUUUAGAUUGGUAAGCUGGAUUCCAGCUUUACAUCAAGGAGUCUAGUUAAAAGAAUUUGUACUCAGGCUUUAUGUCAGGCAAGUAAGUAAAUCACUAGCAUGAGGCUUGAUCAAAGCAGUCAGCCUGACAUCUUAUUUAAAUGGAAAAAGUGAGACUGCUAUAGAAUGUGCUUCUCCGAAUUGGUCAAAAGUUGAGGUGGAUAUGCUGGCCUUUUAGUCUGUCGAACAACUCAGAGUAUAAUAGGCAUUUUGUUGACUGUGGUGUAAAGACCGCAGCUUUAGCGGGAACCUUUUCUUUCCCCGGUAACUGGCUUCAGACUGAAAGCGGACUUGGCAUUUCCUGGGACCCAGCUAAUAAUAUUGAGUACUUAGAAUUUGCCAUGUGUUCCGCUAAGUACUUCUGAAUUCAUGACAGAUGUUUAUUUUCUCUCAUUCAGUCUUCAAAAUAAACUCCAUUUUACAAAAGAGAAACCACAAGUUAAGAGAUUUGCCCAGGAUCUCCUGGCCCGUGAAUGGCACGGCCACAACUCCAAGUCUGUUGCUUUUCUCAUGUCACGGUGUUGGGCGUCAUAAUCCAGUCCUUGUACCUUUAUAAUAUCUAAUGAGACUCUCGUUUGGCGUAAAUCCCACGACUGCAGGGCCCUUGGGAAUUCUUUAGAGACUCUCGGUGGUCUUCUGUGGACUUGCUCAGAUAAGCAAAUCUGUUAGAAAUAGAUUCUCAGACAGAUUUCCAAGCAUUUAAAUCUCUUUGGAGUUUAAAGAGUAUGAAUUUGAGUUACUGAAUGUCCCCUGAAAUACAUGACUGUCCCACCCAAAUAAUUAUGAAUGCUGGGCGUGGGGCUCGUCCCUUUCUUAGGUUUUUAUAAGUUCUCUGAGCAUCUGUGCCAUUGAGCUGAGCAGCGGCUGCUCUGGUCCCUUAGCCACUGGUGGGAUUUGUCAUCACUUUCUCGUUAGAUGUAGGUAUUUCUCCUUUUUUUUGAAUAUUGCCUUAAAAAAAUACUUUGUGUUUUGGCAGUUUCAGUUUCUGGUACAUUUCCUGACUAAUGGUGAAUGUUCUGAUUUUCUAGCUAAUUCUUAUGUGUUCCCUCUGACUUUGGGAAAUUGUAUCCUGUAUCCCUAACUCUCCUCUUUAAGAUUCUGCCGUUCUCCUGAUUGUCCAGUCCUUUUCCAUUCUGAAACUAAAGAGCAGAACCCGAGCUAUCUCAUUUGUUUCUCUUCAUCCUCCCAGUCCACAGAGGUGGAGAUCUGUGCUCAGAGGUUUGCCAGGGGCGUGAUUUUUAUACGAUCCUUUCCUGAGCAGCUCUGCAUUUGUUGUCAUUCCUUUUCACCAGACUCAUGUAUGUCUAAUUUAAAUUUCUGCUUUUCGCUUCCUCUGUUGUCCUCUGCACCUUUCAUGUGCGUCAAGUCCACUAUGGUUUUCUCCAUUUGUGUAGUUUCUCUGCACCUAACUUGCUUUGUACUUGAAUUAACUCAUCUAUAAAAUGGGCAUAAUUCUAGUUGUUACUACAUCAAAAUAUAGUGUUGGUGAUCAAGGGAGCAUGCAUGUAAGUACUUUUGGAAAACGACAACAAAGAUUCAGUUGUGAAAAGAUGUUACUUAUAGUUGAUUCCAAUUUGAUGAAAAUAUAGCAAAUAGUAAUACACGUGUCCUUUAUUUCGAGCAAUCUUUGAUUAAAAACCAUGGUGCAGUUCAAAUGUUUUGUUGGUGUUGGUUAUAACAGGAGUUGCCAUGUAUCUUUCACCCCUGAAUCAUCUCUAGAAUUGUCUUGUGAAGCUUGUGUAGAUUUUCCUGUGGCUAUCCUUGAAGGUUGUAGAAACCUGAGAAGGGCCCAGUGUGAGCACUGAAGCACUUCCCUGUGGGCCUCCACCGGCCUCACUGUCAGUCUUCCCAGUGGGAUGGAGGCCCUUAGACUUCCCUUGCCAUCACAGUACACUUGGGGAACGGGCAGCGGACAGCUGAGGUCUCACUCAAACUCAGAGCCUGGCACGCUCCUUGGGACAUCGAGCUUGGAAGUGCUGUCUCGGGCCAGCCACCCUCUCUGCCGGGCCUGAUGCUUCUCAUUCCCUGGACAGUGUUUCCGAACGGCUGUGGAGCUGCCACCCUGCUUCUUUCUCCAGGGCCCUCUGAGGGCUCUUGCUUGCUGUGCUAGCCUGACAGAUAAAAUGAUGCCACUGGGGCACCUGAGGUCAGUCUUGGAGCUGUGAAUGCAGGCUGUGACAGAGGAGGCUUGGCUGGAGCAUAAAUGAACUGGUCAGAGCAGAACUCCCAGUCCCAGGGUCCCCUGCAGAAGUGAGGGCAAACUCUAAAUUCAGUGCCUGCUCCCUUUCUCCCCUGAGAAAUCUAAACCAACUUGAUGUUUACACUUGUGAUGAUAAAAUGGGAGUGGAUGUGGUUUAGGGAAAUAGCAUCUGCCCUGCGUGACUUUGAGGGUCUGAUAGAGUGGUCCAAACAGACCCGAAGUCUGAUUCUAGUGUGACGUCUGGGCGAGUGACUCAACCUCUGAGCCUGUUUCCAGUUAUAAAAUGAGAGAUAAACCUACCAAAUAAGGUUCCUUCAAGCAUUGAAGUGAAGCAGCACUCAAUUAAUGCCAGCUCCCGUGUGUUCCCACUAAUUUCUACGUCUGUGGGCCAGAGGAGAGGGAGGGGUCACAAAGGGAAUGGUUAUUAUGGGAAGGUGAUAAGAGCUAUAUCUGUACACCAUGGCUGAGCAGUGACAAGAAUGCAGAGAGGUGUAAAUGCCAGGGUGGGGGAUGAGAAGCACGGAGACUGGGGAAAAAGCCAGGGCCAGAAAUGGAGUGUCCCUGUCCUGUGUGUCAUGCUCCUGGGAACUCAGCAUGACAUCCAGCCUCUGCUGUAUACUUCCCCUUUUAGAGUGGUGGUCCACAGAGCUAGCUGGCCUUGCUGAGCUAGAUACGUGCAAGGGCAAUACCAAGUACCAUUAUCGAGCCAGACUGGGGAGUAGGUUCUGUCACAGCCGCACUGUGCAGAGCCCAGAAUCCCGGGUUGGUCUGCACGCUGCUCCAUCAUUCACUCCUUUGGCACUCGGUUUCUCCAUGAGAUGGUAAACUCCCUUGGGGGCAGGGAAUGAUCUUUUGUCUCCCCUCCUCCUGCGCCUAGCAUGGUGCUCCUGAACAUUGGUGUUGAGUAAACAUUUAAGCAAAAAUAAAUGUAUUAUUCUGGAGCACAGUGUUUUACUCAUUAAGUGAUGGCACUGACCCCAAAGUUCUUUCCAAGGCACGUGUGGACUUGGGAGGACGAGAGUGCUGGGUGUGAGAGGCCCGUCCUAUAGGGCUGCUCCUUCCUGCCACAAAAUAAUUGUGCUAAAAAAAUGUAAAAUUAUCACAAAUAGAGCCACGUGGUUAUUACUAUUUCACAGUUGAAGAAAGUGAGGUUCAAUGAGGUCACACAGUUUAUAUAUGAAUUCCUGGUCCGGUGCUCUUUCCAUUUCCCUGACCCGGAGAUCUGCCUCCUGCCCAAGUGCUAGGCCAGGCUCCCCCCAGUACAGCGUCCAUUCUUGGGGUGGGAGGUGCUCACUAUCUCACCAUCCAUCACUGCACUGCCAGCCCGAGCACCUGCUGUGGUUUCUACACCACCUGGGGAAUGCUGGCGGUGAGAGGGCAGAGAGCAGGGUGAACACGGUCACACCCCCUCAGAGGGAGGGCCCGGCAGGCAUUUUACGGCUCGCCUAGUGCCUGGCACUUUGCUGGGCACUGUAGCGCCAGUCUCCUCCCCGGCCCCGACACUUUUACCCUUGUAAAGAGAGGUUCCGAGGUGAAGUAACCACUCGUGGGCCUAAAGCCAGUGGGAGCGGCUAGGCGGCCGCCAGGGGAACGGGCUUUGCCCCGGGUCAGGGUCCUCCGCUGGACGGUGGUGCACAUGGACGCCAACGCCCUGCGGAGGCGAUGCCCACGCGGGCGCAGAAGCUUAAGCGCUCAGCGCCCGGGGUCCUGCGGGGCGGGGCGUCCUGCGAGGGCGGGGCCGGGGCGGCCGCGAGCGCACCGGGGGGCGGGCUUCUCGGAGCAGGCUCCGCCCCCCAGGGGCGAGGGUUUAAAAGGAGGGAAGGAGGCGGCCUCGACUCCAGCGGCUGGGAAGCGCGCCAGGGGUGGAGGAGCGGCGAGGGUACAGCCAUGACCCUGCGGGCGGGGGGCGCUCGGCUGCUCGGCGGACUCCUGCUCUUCGCUCUGCUCGCUGCCGGCGCCGCGCCACUCAGCUGGGAUCCCCCAGAGCCCCGCAGCCGGACCAGCAAGAUCGGAGUGCACCCGCGGGGCAACCUCUGGGCCACCGGUCACUUCAUGGGUAAGAAGAGUCUGGAAACCCCCAGCCCAUUCCUCUUGGGGACAGCUCCCCACAUCUCUCUGACAGACCAGAGACUGCAGCUGAGUCAUGAUCUGCCCAGGAUCCUCCUGCUCAAGAAAGUUCUGGGCAUGAGCCUUAGCGGCCCAGCACCUCACCCCCAGUACAGGAGGCCGCUGGUGCAGAUGCUGCAGAAGGGAUGCCCCUAAUGAGGAAGAGCCGCCACCGUGACUUAGACUGUGCCCACCCAGGGAAGGUGCUGAGCAGGACCCUGGCGGUGGCUCCAUCUGGAUGUAAAUAAACCCUGGGCUCAAAUAUCUGUUACCCCAUUACUGUGAUUUCUGGUUGUGUCGCCAGGAAUAUUGCCCAUGCAGACACAAAUUAUGUCCCUGCUGUAUUUCUUGCUUCCGUGUUGAAGUUGUGAAUAAAACCCUGCUCUUUAU